CGUGCCGUGUCACAGCAGCCAUGGGACCCAGUGUGACUCCUGUUUCGGAGUCUGAAGACCAGAAAAUGUUUAAUUUCAAAGAAGCGUCGGUCUCUUUGCCGAAACACUCGUUCUGGUUUGACUUCUGGGUCUUCCUGCUCUUUGACAUAGCGUUAUUCCUCUUCAUAUACUUCAUAGUCCCCUAACAGGGUUUGUCUCUUGGAUUCUGGAGUGUGAGAACAUGGAUUGCUGGUCCUGCCCUGCUGUCAGGAAAACUAACACAGCUUCGACUGAACUUAAAGUCUUGUCACUGGACACCACAUCUCAGUUUUCUGCUUGGUCCAAAGGUGUUCAAGUUUAAUGUACAUGGCAUCCUGACUCCGUAUCCGACAUGUGAAUCACAGAAAUCCCAAUUUGACCUGGAGCCAGUGGCUGUGGACUGACAGGUGGUUUGGAUGGAUUCCUGUUGUUACUGUGAAGAAGAUAAAGAGUUGAAAUAUUUAUAUGUUUGAAAAUUUACUAUGCCUUGACUGACUGCCAUCUUAUACAAUUGUAAUGACUUUAAUUACCAAGAAGUUGAGACAGUAAAUGUCACCUGGUUUUAUCUAAUUUUAUGUCUACAUUUUCCCUUUUGACCUGAUCACCAACAAAGCACUGGGAAGAACAGAUGUGCAUUAAAUCUGAAAUGUAUGAUUUGUCAUAGUAAGCCAUAUGGUAAGUUGGUUUGGGACCAUUGAAGAAAUGAGAGAAUUGAGAAUGUACCUGCAUACCUCAAGUAACAAUGUGUAAUUUUGGAGAAAUCCAAAGUACCCAAAAGGGUUUGCAGUUUGCACAUGAGCAAUACUACAAAUAAAGUGUCUUAUCAUCCUGCUAAAUGAAAACCAUUGAUUUCAGUGUUCUUAAGUGUUACUGUAAAUUAAUGUGUUAUUCCUAUUGAUAUACAUGUCCGAAAGUCAGUUGUUUGAUUAAUGUGCUGCUCAUUUAAGAGCAUGAUCUUUUGUGUUUGUCUCUAGAUGAUUAUGUAAUGACUGAGCUAAUUAAACCCUAUUUUGGAGAAACCGUCACCAUCGUUCAGGUUAUAGCCUAAUACCUUUAUUUUGAAGAGUUAAUACUUCCGGUUGUCAGGUCGCUCGCUAGUAGCAAUGAAUUGCUAAGUUGUAGUUCGUCAGUGACCUUAAAAAGUGAUUAAAUAUUGUCUCAAAUAUGGAAAGCACCUACCAAGUGGAAAACACAGGUCCGUUUACAUAUAUUCCUCCCGCUGUCGUCCCUGAGGCUGCUGAUCCCUCCUCUGCGGCUGCUUUCUGCUGCGAUGUGGCAGGUGGCUCAGCGGAGAGACGUUCUCGAUUAUGAAAAACUUGAUGAGUUUGUGACACUGGUGACAGGAACUGUCCCUGACCUGCUCAGUCCAAAGCAACGAGGGAAACUGCUUCUCCGUCUGCGAGCCAAGAUUAUUCUUGAGUUGUGCAAAAGUGAGGAAACAGCCAACAUGUUAUGUGUACAGCCUCACCUAGAGCGAAUUCACCCACCAGGAUACUCAGGGAGUGGGGAUGCAGAGGUGGAUGCAGAGGAGGCCAUUUUUGUGGAGUUAACCCAAACACUACUGAAAGAUCCAGCAGAGAGGAAGCACUUUUACCAGGAGGUUUUCCCUGUAGAAUACGGCCUCAGUUACGAUACAGACAUGCAGCUUCUUGUGUGGGAGUUUCUUUCCAAACUAGAAAAACUUCUGCCAGUGCCAGACCUCGGUCAGACUGUUUCUUGGCUGACCUCUGCCCCAUCUGUACUGAAGGACUGUUUGCAAGCUCUGUCCAAUCCUGAUGACCUGAGGUCUCUUCUACAGCACCAUAAAAGUCUUGAGUCUCUUAGUUCUCAAAGUACCACAGUGGAAAUGUCCACUCAGGUCUUUGCCUGCUCCGAGUGUCCAUUCUUCCACAUGCAGGAAUCCUUCCUGCUGCAGCACAUCGAGCACAGUCACCCGGAGCAGUACAGCAAACUGCAGAAGGCUGCAGAAGCAGCCGAGACCCUCAAAAAGAAGCUCCAGCGUCCCAAAUUCCCACAGCCCUUCCCCAUCCACGAUCGGCCUGACCCUCACAUGUGCCAAGACUGCGGCAAAACAUUCACACGCGCCUCAGAUGUGACCCGUCACCAGCGCACCCACACGGGUGAGCGCCCAUACACCUGUGAGGAAUGUAUGAAGGGCUUCAAGAACUCUUGGGAUCUGACUAGACAUCAGCGUAUUCACACCGGGGAGCGCCCCUUCCUCUGCUCCCAGUGUGGGAAAAGGUUCACCCAGAUGGGGUUGCUCAAGCUGCAUUUCCAACGGACCGCCUGCGGCCAGACUUGCAACCCUCCACUAGACCUCACGACAGAGGUGGUGGUGGCAGAGGAGACAUCGGCGAAAGCGACUGGUCUGUACAAAUGCCAGAAAUGUGACGAGAGCUUCAGCAGCAUCCUGGAAAGACUGAGGCACAGGCAGAGGCACGUGGUAAGACGCCAGUACAAAUGCUCUCUGUGUGAGAAGAUCUACAGCCGAGCAUCAGAUCUCAAGAGACACCAGAUGAAGCACACGGGUGAGCGGCCCUUUGCCUGUGAGUGCGGGAAGAGCUUCACACAUGUGUGGCUUCUGAACAAACACCAGCAGAUCCACGCCAGGGAGCGCCCGUACCCCUGUGCAGAGUGUGGAAAGAGUUUCACGCAGCUCCAGAUCCUCAACAGGCACCUGCUGACUCACAACGGCCGGCGACCUUUCCAGUGCUCAGCCUGUGAAAAGAGCUUCACCCAGCUGGCUAGUCUCACACGCCACGAAAGAAUCCACACAGGUGAGAGACCGUAUGUCUGCAGUACAUGCGACAAGACAUUCCUCACAAACGGAGAGCUUAUAAGACACCAGCGAACCCACAGCAACCUUCGACCCUUCAGCUGUCCCCAGUGCACAAAGAGCUUCAAAACUAAACGUUCUCAAAUCGAACACCUCAACAGCCACACAGGCGAACGUCCAUUUGCGUGCAUGCACUGUGGAAAGAGGUUCACCAAGUCAACUUCACUCAUACGGCAUAAUCUUACCCACACAGGGGAGCGACCUCACGGCUGCUCACAAUGCGGCAAAGCCUUCAUCACAUCGGGUGAGCUGCUCCUUCACAAACGGACCCACACAGGAGAACGUCCAUAUCCAUGUUCCUACUGCGAGAAGAGGUUUAGAUGCUCCUCUGACCUCAACAUGCACAUUCGAACACACACUGGGGAGAAGCCGCACCACUGUGUGCUUUGCAAGAAGGGCUUCUCUACAUCCACUCGGCUGAAGAGACACAUGCAUACGCACGUGGAGAAGGACAUAGUUGUGGAAUCAUUAAGUCUCUGAGCUGUUAAAAGAUGCAUUCAGUCAAACUUGACUGUUGAAAUGAAAAGAAAAAAAAAAUCAUACAUUGAUUUAUGUUUGAAUCUUCCUUUUGGUAAAGUUGAGAUUUAUAAUGUUCAUAAAUAGACAUAUGUUCUUAUACUGUAGCCUUUAUAAGAAUAGUAGAUAAAUUUGCUCAAAGUAGAUUACAAGAAACACUUGAGAGCUUCAUUGGACAUGUUAUUCAAAUUUGAAUGUGUGGGCAACCAAAGCAAACAGAGAGCUUUUAAAAGGAAAAGUCACAAAUAAACUAGAAUUAUAGCAA